GGGGCGGUGCCGUCGCGCCCCCUGGCGGGCGUUGGGGGAGGCGGCAGGUUCAUGGGCAGCUGGAGCAGGCCAGAGCUACCGACGCCAGCAUGGCCCCCGCGAGCCAGCCCGAGGCGGGCCGCCAAGGUCCCAGCGUGGAGGGCCCCGUGCUGUUGCUGCUGCCCGAUUUCCCCCCCGGCGCCCUGGACGACUACCGGCGGCGGGCCUCCUUCCCCUGGCGAGAAAUGGCCCUCUUCUUAGAAGACGACGACAUCCUCCGCUUUAAGCAAAGAGUCUUCGGCGCCAUGGAGACGGAUCCCCUCUUCGCUCGCCACCCCUCGGGGGGCGACUUGGCGUUGGAGGAGGACCGGGAGCUGACCUUCCUGCGCUGUAAGAGACUCUUCGAAUACGACUUUCUGAGCGCCCCGCAGCUGCUGGCCAAUCCCCUGAAGUUCCUCACCUUCAUCAGUUGCCUGGGGAUGUACGACUGGUCUCUGGCCACCAAGUACUUCCUCAAUGCCUUCGUGUUUGGUUUGGCCGUGCAGAACUUUGGCUCGGAGAGGCAUUUGGAGUUGAUUCAGAAAAUCUUAACCAUGGAGAUAUUUGGGUGCUUUGCCCUGACGGAGCUGAGCCACGGGAGCAACACGAAGGCCAUCAGAACGACCGCCACGUAUGCCCCCGACCGGCAGGAAUUCAUCAUCAAUACCCCCAGUUUUGAGGCUGCCAAGGUCUGGGUGGGCAACAUGGGGAAGACGGCCACGCACGCGGUGGUGUUUGCCCAGCUGUUCACCGCCGACGGGCAGUGCCACGGGCUCCACGCUUUCGUCGUCCAGAUUCGCGAUCCCAAGACGCUUCUUGCCAUGCCGGGCGUCAUGGUCGGGGACAUGGGACGGAAACUGGGCCAGAACGGUUUGGACAACGGGUUCGCCGUGUUUCACCGGGUCAGGAUCCCGCGCUCCCAGCUGCUCAACCGAACCGGAGACGUCUCCCCCGACGGAGUCUACCGCACUCCCUUUAAGGACGCGAGGCAACGUUUCGGGGCCUCUCUGGGAGCCCUGUCGGCCGCCAGGGUGGCCAUCAUAGGGAUGUCCGUGGUCAACCUGAAGCUGGCCGUCUCGGUGGCCGUCCGCUUCUCGGCCACCCGCCGCCAAUUCGGGCCCGCCGCCACCGCCGACCAGAACAAGGAGGAGGGAGAGGAGGAGGAGGAGGAGGAGGAGGAAGAAAUCCCUGUGCUGGAGUAUCAGUUGCAGCAGUGGCGUCUGCUUCCCUACCUGGCGGCGACGUACGCUUUAGAUCAUUUCAGCCGAACUCUGUUCCUGGAUCUAGUGAGGUUUCAGGCGGAUCAGAUGGUGAAGAGUCAGAAACACCACCAGGCGGAGCUGGGCCGGGAGAUUCACGCGUUGGCCUGUGCGGGCAAGGCCCUGGCUUCGUGGACGGCCCAGCACGCGGCUCAGGAAUGCCGGGAAGCCUGCGGUGGCCACGGCUACCUGGAAGUGAAUCGUCUGGGCACCAUCAGAAACGACAACGACCCGAACUGCACGUAUGAAGGAGACAACAACGUCCUGCUGCAGCAAACCAGCAAUUACCUCCUCAGCUGGCUCACCUCCGGCCCGCGAGAGAAAAAGCGCAUCAAAACCCCCCUGGAAUCAGUCAAUUUCCUGGAAGACAUUGAUGCUAUCCUUGGCCAGAAAUGCCGGGCGUCUACAGUUGAAGACUGGCUGGAGUCUUCAGCUUGUUUGGCCGCCUACAAGUGGUUGGUGUGUUACCUGCUUCGGGAGAGCCAGCAGAAACUCCGGCAGGAGAGGGAGGCUGGAAGAGACGACUUUGAGGCCAGAAACAACAGCCAGGUGUUUCAGUGCCGGCCACUGGCGCUGGCGUUCGCAGAGCACAGCGUCCUGCAGCGCUUCGUGGAGCUGUACAGGCCGCCCCGCACCCCGGCCUCGCUCCGCCCGGUGCUCGCCCGCCUCGCCGCCCUCUACGGCCUCUGGGCGCUCACCGGCCACACCGCCCUCCUCUACCAAGGCGGAUACUUCUCGGGAGAUCAAGUUGGCAAGAACGUCCAGAAGGCCAUUUUGGAGCUCUGUUCAAAGCUGAAGGAGGACGCGGUGGCUUUGGUGGACGUCAUGGCCCCCCCGGACUUCAUCCUGAACUCGCCCAUCGGCCGGGCGGACGGCCAGCUGUACAAGAACCUGUGGGGUGCGAUCCUGCAGGGGCGACACGUGCUGGACCGGCCCUCGUGGUGGGCAGAGUUGGCGGUGAAGAAGCCCACCCUGGGAAGCCUGGAGUCCAAACUGUAGGCGGGCAGGCGGGUCGGAGCCGCCCCCCGGGCCGGGCGGGCCCCGACGCCACCGCCGCCGACCCCGUAAGCUUGGGAAAGUCCAAUUCGACAAUAAACGGCGACAUUCCCUGCCCGCAGCCAGCUUAUAGUCUAAUCUGUGUUAUGGCUCCGGGAAUUUUUCAUUCCAGUGUUAUCAGGCUGGCUCUCUUUUGAUCUUAUUUUGCUUAUCUGGAUUAGGACUCACUGGGUUUGAGCAGUGCAAUGUUUUAUCCUUUAUCUUUGCUUUCCAAAGUAUAAAUGGUGUCAACAUCCAACUAGAGUGGACACGACAGCUAAUCCAAAGGGUGAUUUGGAAUGCUUUUGCCAGUAGAGGUGGUCUGGAAAUAGAGCACGUUUUAUUCUUAAUAAUAAUAAUAAUAAUAAUAAU